AUGACUCUUGUCAAGACAUUCUCUCGUCUUUUCCCUCGCAGACAAUUGAUAUCGCCUGCAAGAUCUUCAUUCCCAACCAGAAUGAACUCAUCAUCAUCAUCAUCAUCAUCUGCAGCGACAGCCCAAGCACAAACCAACUACAAAAUCGUGGAAAAAGUCACCGACUUUGAGAAAGUGCAAUCCCAACGCCCCGACUUCGACCACUCCAACACCCCCAUCCAAGUCACCAAAUCCCCCAACCCAGACUGGCAAUACGGAUCCGGCCUGGGCAAACACGCCCCAGCAACCCCCAAAACACACACCGAGAUCGACCCCUACGCAGCGGACCGGCCGAUGGUGAACAACUACCGGCUGCUGGUGUCGGGGAUUGCGCCGCGGCCGGUGGGAUUCCUCAGCACGGUGUCCGGGGACGGGGCGACGAAGAAUUUAUCGCCAUUUAGCUAUUUCCAGGUGAUUGAUCAUGAUCCGCCGAUGUUUAUUGUGGGGUUUUCGUCGCGGCCGGGGAGGGAAAAGGAUACGUAUCGCAAUUUGAAGGAGACGGGGGAGUGUGUGAUUAACUCUGUGUCGGAGAAUAUGAUUGAGGCUGUGAAUGCGUCGUCGAUUGAUGCGCCGUAUGGGGUGUCGGAGUGGGAGGUGUCGGGGCUUCAUGAGGCGGCUACGACGACGGUGACGCCGUCGAGAGUCGAGGAGUCUGUGUUUUCGAUCGAGGGCAAGGUGGUUGAUAUCAAGGAGUUCACGGAUCAUGUGAAGCCUGGGAUGAGUCUGGCUGGGGUGGUGUUGAUCAAGGCAACGCGGUUCUGGGUGCAGGAGGACGCUGUCAAUGCGGACUUGAGCCAUAUUGACCUGGACAAGUUGAGGCCGGUGGGACAGCUGGGAGGCAUGUCGUAUGGGCGUGUUACGUCGACGUUUGAAGUGCCUCGUAGACGGUGGGACGAUGAGCAUCCAAAGAGCGAAGUGUUGAGCAAGCUGGAGGGGUCGAAGCCAAGGUCUAGUCAAUAA